GCUGGAGGAGAUUCAUUCCCCAUCGUCAGAAAGGUCUGCCCUCUUCGUCGCUUCCUUAACGCCUUUGAAUAUUCAAUCAAACACUUGACAAAAACCACCGUUGCUAGAUCCAAAACUUGAUUUCCUCUGACUCGGGUUCCCAUCUCGUUCAAUCGGAUCUAGAAAUUACGAUAUUUUGGGAGGAGAAUUACUGAGAGAUGAAUAAUUUGAGAGCAAUCUGUCGGCCGCACACUGUCUUCUCUACCGUCUUAUGUUACAGACAUGAAGCUCGAUCUUUCGUCAGGGUUCCAUACAAGAACCUCAAUCACAGGCCGUCGCUGUUUAUUCCUUGGCUUGAAUCAAAAGGGGAUCGUCCUUGGUUUCGCGUCAAUCAAAGGAGAACUGCUGUUAGGGCAUCCAAUUGGAGCGACCAGAAAUCUCCCUACGAAACCCUAGAGUUAGAAAGGGAUGCUGAUGAUGAGGAAAUAAAGGUUGCUUACCGGCGCUUGGCCAAAUUCUAUCAUCCUGAUGUUUAUGAUGGCAGAGGAAGCCUCGAGGAAGGGGAAACGGCUGAGGCUAGAUUCAUCAAGAUUCAAGCUGCAUAUGAAUUGCUAUUAGAUCAGGACAAACGAAGGCAAUAUGAAAUCGAUAACCGAGUCAAUCCAAUGAAGGCAUCUCAAGCAUGGAUGGAGUGGCUAAUGAAAAAGCGAAAAGCUUUUGAUCAGCGGGGUGAUAUGGCCAUUGUAGCUUGGGCAGAGCAGCAACAGCGUGAGAUCAAUCUACGUGCUCGCCGCCUCUCUCGUUCAAAGAUUGAUCCUGAAGAAGAGCGAAGAAUUCUGGCAAAAGAAAAAAAGGCUUCUGUGGAAUAUUUCAACAACACUCUCAAACGUCACACGCUUGUGCUGAAGAAAAGGGACUUGAUGCGGAAGAAAGCCGAGGAAGAAAAGAAAAAAGUUAUUAGUCAGCUCUUAGCUGCAGAGGGCCUUGAACUAGACACUGAUGAAGAUGCACAAUAGGGAAUAGGCAAUGAGCCAUAAUUUUUAUCACACUGUCUCUCUGUCCCUCGGGGAGGUAUGAAUUCACAUGGUAUUGUGUACUACAGAAAGAUAGGGGGAAAAAGAAAAAACCUGUAGAUAUGAUACUCUUCAAGAAAUUAAUGGAAAACAAGCUUUGGAUUUUGAAGUCCCGUA